AUGUCAUUCGAUGCAUCUCGAGGACCAGAUUUCGAACAUGUCGUUGCGUUUGAGGAAGAGAGCAAACUCAAAGAAACGCAACGAGAAAAAAAGGAAUUACCAGCAUCAUUUUUACGAACACUAUGGGAUGUGCCUAAUAAGAAUAAACUCUACGAAGAAUUAGCCAAUGUUGACCGUUUAAAGCGUAUAUUUCGUGCAUAUUAUGCUCAACAUGAAGCCUGUACAACUAUGUCUCCAGAUGAUGUGCAAGCGCUUGUAGACGAACGGGCACAUUCAUGUGCAAUGAAAUAUCGUCAUAAAUUACGAAGUUUACAUUUAUCUCAAGCCGAUUAUUUGGUUACUGAACAUCGAGUGUUGAAAGGUUUAGAAGAUGCCGAAACCAACGAAUAUGAAAGAGUUUAUAAACGUUUUAAUUCAACUAGACAUAGUGUAUUGUCAUUUCAAUCAAAAUCGAAACUACGCGAAGAGCGCGUUCGAUUAAUAAGAUCGGUUAGUGCAGCUAGACACGGAAGUUUUCCUUCACCAGAAUUAUCAUCAUCAGCAACAACAAAAACAGUAAAAAGAUCAAAAUCAUUUGAUAGCACAGAUAUGUUAAACGAACGUGUUCAAAGUCAUAGAAUAAACAAUGAUGACUUAUGGUCGAUCUCCGUCGUUUAA